GUAAAUGAGAAACUAAGGCAGCAGAGAAAGGAAAAGGAGGAGGAUGUUUCUAGAUGGCCUGAACGACCAGACCAAAACCGUCAGCAGAUUGCCCAGUACCCUGCAGCUCAAGGCACAAGCUCCAGCAUGCCAGUUCUGCAUACACCAAGUCAAGAUCCUUCGAUGCCACCUCAGCAGCAGCAGAGUAUGUCACCUAAUGUGAUGGCGCAGCAACAGGUGUCCACCCAUCCACACGCAGCUCCUGCACCUCAGCAAGCACAGCAGCAACAACCACAGCAGCAGCAGCCACCGAUGUCGCCAUAUUUGCAGGCGCAGCCAAAUGUGCCCCUCUCUAUGCAGGUCCCGUCUGUUCACCCACUCCCAAGCCAACAGGUGUCUCCUCACUUGCAGCAGAGGCAGCAGCAGCCAUCCCCUGCACACUCACAGCCACCACCGCUCAUGCUUCCACAAACUCACCAGCAAAUGCAGCAGCAGCAGCAGCCGGCAAUCCCACAGCGGGCUCAGCCCCAAGUGGUUGCACCGCAAGGACAACAGCUGCAACAACCUCAGAGUAUGCCAUCACAUUCGCAAGGCCUUCGAGUGUCGCCACAGCCCUUUCCUGUCAUGCAAUUUGGUAACCAACCACAGCCUUCCCAGCCACGUCAGUAUGGUCCUCAGCCACCCCGAGGGGUAUACCUGGUGGGACCGCAUGCUCCGCAAUCGCAGGGCACRGCAGGGUACAUGCAAGAUCCACGCCAUUCACCACAAUACGGACCAGAGCCACUGCGAUCACAGCCACAUGUGCAAGAUCAGCCAUCAACAUGGCCUCCACACUCUCAGGAGCAGGUGCAGACACUGCAAGCAGCUCAGUCAAGAGCAGUCUUCCAGCAGAGKCCAGUAUAUGCACAAGAUCUACAACAGGCUCAGCAACCAGGAUCUCAACAGCGUUCACCAUACAUGCCAGAGCCCCCUCCGCAUCCAUUACAUUUGCCAGAUCAGCAGCAGCAACAGCAACCACAGCAGCCUGUUCAGCAGUCACCAACAUCAGCACCUGCUGUCUCUAUGCCCUCACAGAUGCAGCUUCCCACUGGACCAAGGCAAAGAGCUGCUCCACCACCACAGCAGCAACGUGUGUUGCAACAACCGGUGCCUUCGCUGGGCCAGACAUUCUCCGGGACCAGUGACCAAUCAGCUUCGCCCCCAAUAUCACAACCGCUGCCACAAUAUGGUCCGUUUCUUCCUCAUCAGUAUGCACAGACGCUGCCACAACAAACCCAGCCUCAGAUGCAGCCUGCAGCAUCUCAGCCGGUGCAGCAAGGGCGACCUCAACCUCAGCAAGUGCAGCAAAGGGUUUCCGCGGGUAUGCCAGGGCGUUGGUCGCCCGCAGCUGUUGGCGUCUACAGCAGUCAGUCAAUGCCAAUACCGCCUGUUCCACCACCAACCUCUUCUCCAAUGUUCACACACCCGAUAUAUCCCGGGCAAACUCCAGCAUCUCCUACAGCAAGCCCGGUCAUCACUUCCAGUUCCUUUUCCAGUGCAGGAGGUGCUGGUGCGCCGCCUCUGGCAAACGAGCAUAUGCCGCAAGUCACUAGCCCUCAGGCUACCCCUGUUGUCAUGUCACCUGUCACAUUUCAGCAAGCCGUACCGGGAGCAGCAUCCUCCGCUGCUAGUCCUUAUGGUUUGGCAUUGUCACAGGGUGCUCAGCCCUCUGGGCCCCCGAUGUACAUGCAUGUUCCUCCGUCGUACAGUGUCUCACCCUCAAUAACCUACUCUCCAUCAGGCCCUAAUUUAUACCCCACCUUUGUACAGUCCCCUCGAGGGAGCUUGGCACCGUAUAUGCCUCACAUGCCAGGCGCACAACCAGGUGCUUAUGGCACCUACAACCACAACCACACAAAUCUUCCCCAGCCGUACACUCCUUACCACAACCAGCCGCAACCAGUCGGUCCAUUGCCACAACCCACGCCUCCGUCCCCGUCUAUGCAGCCAGGUCAUUACGCCCAGUAUGGGUCUCCUUAUCAACCAGUAUGGCAGCAGGCAAGUCCACCGUAUCAGGGAGAGGGGCCCAGAUGGGGUUAAGUUGAUGAAGAUAAUUUUCGAGU